CCCUCCCCCCCCCUCUCUCUCCCAAAGCCAGCAACUGUCGCGCUCCUCCUCACGACAGCCAGUUCAUGAGCACCCCCCUUCCUGAUCAGUCUCCCUUCGCUGGCCCGGCCAUGGGCCAUGGCCCGGCCGCCUUUGAGUGCGGCUUCGCCCUCGAGUGUGGCGGCACCGGCGACCGUAGCUCCACCGCGCCAUGCCCCCUGCCACCGAUGACCUGCCUGCCGGAGCUCUACUGUCUGCCAGCCCUCGGAGCUGAGCCCCCCAUCCCGGGGGAUUGCCACUUCAAUAACCUAACCCGGGCCUGCACCGGCCAAGGCAGCCUGCUGGCUGACAUCCCGCCACACCCCCUGCACUCGCCAGACUGCUUUUUCUCCGCCGAAUCGGCCGACGCCCUGUGGUCCUCGCCCAUGGGCGAGAGCAUGGGCUUCCUGUCGGCCGACGGGCCGCCCCCCUCUUCGGCAUCCAUUGCCUCGGACGGUCACACCACCCCGGCCGCCGAGGAGGAGCUUCUCCUGCGGGGCUUGGCCCCGGGCGCCGGGAUAGACAUCGUUGAUGGUCGGCUGCACUCGGGCCAGCCUGCUCCCGGCCAAGCCCCAGCCGCCUCGCCGGCCGGCUUCCCCUGCGACGGAGACAUCUAUCUGCUCCAGCAUCACCACCAUGUCAUGCACCACCAUGCCCAUCAUCCACCUGAGCCGCCCUCGCCGCACCCCGAUGCACAUCACCCACCCGGCCAUGCGUACGAUGCGCCCCCCUCCCAUGGCUACUCGUCGACCGAUGGUCCUCUCGCCUGCCAUGUGGUCAACACGCCGAUCUUUUGCCCCACCCCGGGGGCCGAUGCCCACCACCAUCACCUGCUUGUCCAUCACCACCAUCCCCGGGCCCCCGUGCCGGGGGCCCCCCCAAUGGCCGGCCCCUUGGCCAAUGCCGACCCCCUGGCCGAGGGCGGAUGGCUGGCUCCGCCGGCCACCGCUCUAAGCGAGUCUUCCUCCCCCGCGUCGGACUUCCAGUCCCAUCUUGUUCCCUUCACCAGCGGCGAGGAGGACCCCCCGACCUCGGGCUCUUCCUCCUCCUCGUCGCUACUCCAUGACCCGGAUUGCGAGCAUGCCCUCCAGCCGGCCGGGGCGCUUGCCGAUGAGGGGCCCGGCAGCUCGGGAGAGGGGAGCAUUGUCGAGCCCGGCUGCUCCCCCCAGCCGCAUCACCGCCAUCACCGCCAUCAGCAUCAGCAUCAUCAUCAUCAUCACCUGCUGCACUUCCAUCACCAUGCCUCCGGGCCCCAUGGCCGCCACCACCAUCUGGUGCACCAUCACCAGCAUCCCGACCUCCCGGGCCACCACCGUCACCACCAUCAUCAUCAUGUCCUGCUCCAUCAUCAUCAUCAUCAUCACCAUCUUCUCCAUCGCCACUCUCCGGGCCCCGAAUUGGGGGCUCCGCCCCCUGCGGGACCCUCGCCGAGUUCCGACGAUCCGGCCGCGCUGCCCGACUUGUCGGCUUGGCCGCACCCGGCGCCGGUGCUCUCGCCAGCCAGCUCGGAGCCGGCGCUGCCCGGCCCCCCGGGCCCCGGCGAGCCGGGCUUCGAUUUGCCCCCCUCCCCGGCGGCUCCUCACUGGCAUAGUUUGGACUGUGGCCAUGAGCUGGUUUUCCAUGAUGACCAUUUUGACUUCCUCAUCGAUGGGACCCUCUACCAUGCGGACCUCGACCGGUUGACUGCCUGCUCGGGGGGGCUUCCCGGGGGGGCUGCCGGCGGGCCGGGGGCCGGCCAGCUAUGCGCGGGUACCCUGGCACCGGGCUCGGCGUCUCCUCAGUUGCUCUUUCCCCGGUCGCCAGCGACGCCGAUGGAUGUCGACACUUCGGCAUCCGCCGGGAGGGGGCCCCGGUUGCACUUGCCGGCGGCCGGUGCGGCGCAUGGGGCCACCGUCCAGCCGGUGGACCUGGUCCCGGCCGGCUGCGAGUGCGACGAUGGGGAUGACCCGGCCAGCGCUCCGCCCGACGGCCCCUGCGGGUCGCCGCUCCCGCCGCCGAUCAACCUCCACUCGACGGCCUCCACCUCGAAGGGGGAUCAGCGCCUGAUCCGUGCCCUGGGCGUGCUUGGCCGGGCAGCGGCCCUGGGGCCGGAUGCCCUGCGCGCGGCGCUCACCUGUAGCAAGUGCCAAGCGCCCAGGGUGAGGUCCGUGCGGCCGAGUGUUCCGGCAAUCGACUGCUCCCCGGCUUCCGGGGCCUCCUCCUCCUCCUCCGUCGUGCCCGGGGCCUUGGUGUCCUCGCCGGCGGGGCAGAAGAAGGCCGGCAAGGCCGGCGCCGCGGCCUCGCGCCGGCGCCCGGGCGACCCCCGCGCGAGCCUGCCCCCGGCCGCGGCCGCGGCGGCCGUCGUCUGCCAGCUGCCGGCCGCAUCGUCCCCGGCCGGCAGAUGGUCCUGCGGCUUGCGUGGUCCCGUGGUUCUGGCGGGCUGUGGGCCAGCCACAGCGGCCGGGUCGACCGGCGGGGGGGGGGCCCCCUUGGCCCCAGGCCGCGGUACCUCGGUCCUCUCGCCGCCCGGCCCCUCGGGCGAGUGUGUCGUUGUUUGCGCCACCGGCCCGUGUCCCUUGCUGCCGGAUUCCAAAGACCCCGGGCCCGGGGCAGUUCCUUGUGAAGAGCCCGACUGUCCAGUGGUGGUGCCGGUCCAUGGCAGCAGGACUCUCAUCUCGACCGAGUCCUGUCGGCAGGUGGAUUGCCCCCAGGCUGGAGGCCAGUCGGGCGGGGACUCGCACGUCUCGGACCCCAUGGCCGGGCCGCCAGCCGGCCAGGCAGCCGCCGCCACCACCACCACCACCUGCGUGGUGACAUCCACCCUGGUGAGCAGUUGCCGGCGGCGGCGCCCCGCCGGGCGGUCCAAGACCCUGGACCCCGGGGCCGGGAGUGCGGCCGUGGCCGAAGCCAAGAGCGCGGCGGCCAGCGCGCGUGCCGUGUCCACCCGGCGGUCACGCGCCCGGUCCGAAACCCCGACGCCAACCGGCAUGUCCGAUGCCGAGGAGGCCGCCCAGCAGCAGGAGCAGGAGGAGCGCCGCCGGGCGGUCCUCGACCUGCUCAAGGUCAAGUACCAAAAGUCCUUCAUCACAUCCUCACCGGUGUACAUCUUGAAAGGCAUCAGCGUCCACUCAUCGCGAGGCCUGGGCGCGGCGCUGCGUGCCCUGGCCAGCGAACGCCCGGCUGGCCGGCGGAAGCGCGGGCCCGCCUCGCCCCCGGCCAAUGCCACGACCACCAUUCGCAGCGCGUCGUUGGACGAUUUGGCGGGGCUGGAUGAUGACCAGGUGGCUCGUCUGGCGGAGCAGCUGGCCCCCGAGUGGUGCCUGCUGGUGGGCGCCGACGCCGAGUCACUGACCGAGGCCGAGCUCCGGGACCUGCUGGCCGAGGUGGAUGGGGCUCCCUUCCCGGCGCUGCGUCCCUGGCGGUGUGCCGGCCGCCGGCGCCUGCAUGUGGGCAUCGACCCCUUGAGCGCCAUGUGUCGGGAUCCGGCCAACAGCGAUGUGGCCAGCCUGGCGGCCAGCCUGGAAUGCACCUCCCUGUCGGCCCCGCUGGGUGAGCACCACCUGGUGCCGGGGCACCUGCUGACCGAGCUGCUUGGGGUCUUCCGCGCCCGGGCCCGGCGGGUGGUGGAGCAGCGCCGGCUGGACUCGGAGCAAUCGCGCAAGGCCCGGAAUGUGGCCUGCUGUGCGCGCUUCCGCAGCCGGCAGAAGCGCCGGGCCGAGUCGCUCGAACGCCAGGCCCAUGACGCGGUCAACACCUGCCUCGUGCUGGAGGCCAGCCUGAAGGAGCUCCAGGCCGAGCGCGAGGAUCUCCUCCGGCGUCUGGGCAUGCCACCGGACGCCGUGAUUGGCCAUUUGCUUGAGGCCGCCGAGCGCCAGCCCGGCACCAAGGCAGCCCCGCCCCUGCCGAAGGAUGAGUCUGGCCCGGGCGGGUAGCGGCCGAUUCACGCGCCGUCCAGGUGCUUCCCCUCCCCGGGCCCGGGCAGCCACCACCCUAGAACGGGGGAGGGGGCGAGCAUGCACGUGCAAAUGAAUGAAAAUAAAUAUCCCAGUAUAAAUGCUC